AUGGAAAAGCCAUCGCCGACGACUGAACUAGCUGUACAGGAGCCUCUUCGCGCACCAGCAGAAGAACAACAUCAUGAGCACCAGGAAGCACCAACGCAAUCUAAUAAUGCCCAUCUCACUCUAAAGAAAACAUGGCGCUUCUGGGCCGUGUUCCCAGCACUAUGCAUGACGACUUUCCUCUCGGCCCUCGAUACAUCCAUUCUCUCGACCGCCCUUCCCACAAUCGCCCUCGAUGUUGAUGCCGGCGAGCUAUACAUGUGGAUUACGAACUCAUACAUACUAUCAUCGACGGUUGUCCUGCCACUGUUUGGACAGACCGCCAACAUCUUCGGUCGGCGAUGGAUGCUGAUCAUCUCGGUUGUCAUAUUUGCCUUGGGGAGUGGAAUGGCCGGUGGUGCAAAGAACACUGGACUUCUUAUUGCGGGACGAACAAUUCAAGGCAUCGGUGGCGGCGGUAUUAACACCCUCGUGGAUAUCGUCAUUUGUGACCUAGUCCCCCUCCGCCAGCGAGGUAAAUAUGUCGCGCUCAUGGCAGCUGUGUGGGCAGUGGGAACGGUGAUCGGCCCCGUUCUAGGCGGCGCAUUCGCCCAGUAUGUCUCGUGGCGUUGGGUCUUCUAUAUCAACCUGCCGCUUUGUGCUGCGUCACUUCUACUGCUAGUGCUGUUUCUUCGAGUCACACACCCGCCCAGCAGUGGUACAGUGUGGCACCAGCUCAAGCGCGUGGACCUCGUUGGUAAUUCUAUCCUUACAGCCGCCGUUAUCUCGAUUUUGCUCGCCCUCACUUGGGCUGGAACAACAUACGCCUGGUCUUCGUGGCGAGUUAUUUUACCUCUUAUCCUAGGGCUCGGGGGCUGUUCCUUUUCUACGGUCAUCAAAUGUCACGAUUCUGUGCUGAGCCCUCGAUUCCACUCCGGCUAUUCUCGAGUGGAACUGGGACUCUACUUCCAGGCUAUACGUAGCUCGACUGCCACUGAAUCCGGGCUAUACGUUCUUCCUAUCACUGCCGCAAUUGCGCCUUUUGGCAUCAUCACGGGAGUUAUCAUCGCCAUGACUGGCAAAUACCGCGUCUUCCAUUUCCUGGGAUAUAUAUUCCUCACGAUCGCCAGUGGCCUCUUCUCGCUCCUAGAUGACCAUUCACCCGCUCGCGACUGGGCUGGCUUCCAGAUACUCUUCGGCGCUGGUUCUGGUAUGAUAUUCUCCAGCACGCUACCUCCGAUCCAGGCAUCGCUACCCGAGUCCGACGUGGCCACUGCAACCUCCACCUGGGCGUUUAUGCGCAGCUUUGGUUGCAUAUGGGGUAUUGUGGUUCCAACCACUAUCUUCAAUGCACGUGUCCAGGAGCUGCUGUAUCGCGUCAGUGAUGUGUCUCUGCGCGCAAAACUUGCUAAUGGUGGUGCAUAUGCCAUGGCCAGCGAAGGACUGAUGCGUACUUUGCAAAAUACCCCGAACCUUAUGGCGGAAGUGCUCAGUGUCUAUCAAGAUAGUUUGCGAUGGGUUUGGUGGAUUUCGGUCCCGUUCGGUGGUAUCGGGUUGCUUCUUUGUAUACCCAUUAAGCAACUGGAGCUCACGGAGGAUUUGCAUACAGAGUUUGGAUUACACGAUACUGCAACAAGUAGAGAAGGGUGA